AUGAAGUGCCUUUAUUGGAACAUAAGGGGUUUGGCCAACUCCCCUUCAAGAUUGGCUUUAAAAAGACUUAUAGUUAGAAACAAUCCUGAUUUUGUUGUAGUGGCUGAGCCUUGGAUGUGUUUCCAAAAAUUUCCUAGAACUUGGUUAGCUAAUUUGAAUCUUAAACUUGUUGCAGUGAAUGAUAGAGUUAAUUUGUUACCAAACCUUUGGUGUUUUUGUAAAGCUAGUAUUAACCCUUCCUUGAUUUCUAUUAAUGACCAACAUAUUGCUUCCUCUUUUUGUGAUAAUAACAAAACCUUUUGCUUGUCUGUUAUUUACGCUUCCACUUGCUACAUUAGAAGAAGAAAUCUUUGGAACGCAUUAUCUAUGUUGCAGCAACGAUUCCCUCAUCCUUGGUGUUUCAUUGGGGACUUUAAUACAAUAUUGGGAGCUCAUGAACAUAAUGGGGCUGCUUCUCCUUCAAGACAACCUAUUGAGGACUUCCAAACUUGGACUGAUUCUAAUUUUUUGAUCCAUCUUGACACCUCUGGAGCCUUCUACACAUGGUCUAACGCUAAUUUCAAAUUUAUGAGAAUGUGGUCUCUCAAAGAAAGUUGUAAAGAACUAAUAGCUUCUAGUUGGAAUGACACUGUAAUUGGUUGUCCUAUGUUUAUUUUAAACACCAAGCUGAAAAGGUUAAAGGAUAGACUUCGAAUAUGGAACAAAGAAGUUUUUGGAAAUGUUCAUGACUAUGUUAAAACUGCUGAGCAAAAUUUGCAGGACAUUCAAAGUCAGAUUCAAUCUGGGGGUCACUCUGAUGCUCUUAGAUCCUGGGAAAAAAAUGCUCAGUGUAAUCUUGAAAAGGCCCUUGAUAGACAAGAAGAAUUUUGGAGAGAAAAAGCUAGAAUUAAUUGGCAUCUUGAAGGUGACAGGAAUACUGCUUUCUUUCAUAGAUUAUCCAAAAUUAAAAAUUCCAGUAAACUGAUAACCUCCCUCAAGCAUGAAAAUGAAGCGAUAGCUGAUCCUACCAUGCUAUCUGAACAUGAGCAUUCAUUUGUGGAGGAAGUUAUUCCAAACUUAGUCAGUGACAGUGUAAAUGCACUGCUUACUUCAUUACCUUCUUUUGAUGAAAUCAAGAAUGCGGUUUUCAGUCUCAACAAGGACAGUGCACCCGGUCCAGAUGGUUUUGGAGGUUUUUUCUAUCAAACUUACUGGGACAUUAUUCAUAAAGAUGUUGUCAAUGCAGUACUGCAGUUCUUUUCUUCAGGGUGGAUCUUGCCUAAUUUCAAUUCAAAUACUCUUAUCUUGAUUCCCAAGACCUCCAAUGCAGACUCUAUUGAUCAAUACAGACCAAUAGCCUUAGCAAAUUUCAAUUUCAAAAUCAUUUCUAAGGUGUUGGCUGAUAGACUUGCCAAAAUUAUGCCAACCAUUAUUUCCAAAGAACAAAGAGGAUUCAUCCAAGAUAGGAACAUCAAAGACUGUAUAUGCUUAGCCUCAGAAGCUAUCAAUCUUUUGCACAAUAAGUCUUAUGGAGGGAAUGUUGCCAUGAAGAUAGAUAUCUCAAAAGCUUUCGAUACUUUGGAGUGGCCUUUUCUUCUUAAAGUCUUGAAGCAAUUUGGUUUUAACUCCACUUUUUGCCAUUGGAUAGAGGUAAUUCUUUCCUCCGCUCAUUUAUCUAUAUCCAUCAAUGGUACUCUUAAUGGUUACUUCAAUUGCUCUAGAGGUGUGAGACAAGGUGAUCCUUUGUCUCCACUUCUCUUUUGUCUGGCUGAAGAGGUUUUGAGUAGAGGAAUUUCAAAGUUAGUCUUUGAAGGUAGCCUUGAUCUCAUCAAAGGAUCCAGAAACUCUCUUGUUCCCAGCCAUUGUCUUUAUGCUGAUGAUAUAAUGGUUUUUUGUAGUGGGAAGAUAGCUUGUUUAAAUGUUUUGAAAAACCUGUUUGUUAGAUAUGCUAACUGCUCAGGACAAAGCAUCAAUGCUUCAAAGUCAACCAUUUAUAGUGGAGGUAUAUCUUAUGUUAGGCUUCAGAACAUAGUUAAUCUUUUUGGCUUCAAGGUAGGGUCCUUGCCUUUUAACUAUUUGGGGGCCCCCAUUUUUAAAGGUAGACCAAAGGCUAGAUACUUUCAACCCAUUGCUGAUAAGAUCAAGUCCAAACUCUCUUCUUGGAAGGCAUCCUUGCUCUCAAUAGCUGGCAGAGUCCAACUGAUUAAAUCAGUGAUCCAAAGUAUGACUAUCUACAGCAUCACCAUAUAUUCAUGGCCUAUUUCCAUCAUUAAAUCCAUUGAAUCUUGGACAAGGAAUUUUAUUUGGAGUGGUAAUAUAAAUCAAAAGAAACUUGUUACUGUGGCAUGGAAAAAAGUUUGUACUCCUUUUGAGGAGGGUGGUUUAGGUUUGAGAUCUUUAGUUGUUCUCAAUGAAGCAGCUAACUUAAAGCUUUGUUGGGAUUUAUUGCAUUCUCAAGAGGAUUGUGCUCUUAUUUUGAAAAAUAGGGUCAUAAGAAAUGACAAUGUUGUGAAAUAUCAUGUGUAUUCUUCCUUAUGGAGCAGUAUAAAACAAGAAGUUUCUGUUAUUCUAGAUAAUUCGAGCUGGAAGGUUGGCUCUGGUACAAGUAUCAAGCUUUGGACUGAUGUUUGGUGUGGGAAUGUAUUGACUGACACCUUAAAUAUUCACUCUAAUACUUUGUUGUGGCUUCCUAGCCUUGUUAGUGGUAUUAUUCAUAACCAGCAAUGGAAUAUUCCCCAAUACUUGGACUUUAUGUUCCCUUCUCUCAAGACUCUUGUUCAACAAAUUACCCUCCCAGUGGAACCUCUGUCUGAUGAACUGGUUUGGAAAGGCUCUGUUAAUGGUUUUCUAUCUCUUAAGGAUGCUUAUGACUUUAAGAGACAUCAUUUUCCUAUUCUUCCUUGGGCUAAGGUUAUUUGGUGUAAGGACAUCCCUCCUUCCAAAUCUCUUCUUGCUUGGAGAAUAAUGUUAGGCAAGGUGUCAACUGAUGAUAAGCUUUCUGAACGCGGUUGCAAUCUUUCCUCUAUGUGCUCAUUAUGCUAUUGCCACUAUGAAACCAUGUUCCAUCUUUUCUUUGAAUGCAAAUUUGCCUUUAGCUUAUGGCGCUGGCUUGCCACAGUUCUGGACACAACACUUCAUUUUCAAUCAUUGGAGGACAUAUGGACGUUGUGUGAUAGAGCUAUUUCUCCUCAGUUUAAUCUUGCUUUGUCCUCGGCGUUUUAUGCUGAACUUUGUGGCCUCAUGUCAGCUAUUGAAAUUGCAGACUCUAGAGGAUGGAAUAACUUAUGGAUUGAGAUAGAUUCCAUGCUUGUGGUAAUGUCCUACAAGUCUCCUAAUAUGGUGUCUUGGCCUUUAAGAAGUCGUUGGUACAAUUGCAUGGUGGCUUCUAGGCGCAUGAAUAUCAUUGUUUCUCAUAUUUUUAGGGAGGGGAAUCAGUGUGCUGAUGGUUUAGCAAAUUUGGGCUUAUCUUUAAACAGGCUUACUGUAUGGUGUGAGCUUCCUCAUCAAAUUAAGGAAAGUUUUAAUUGUGAUAGACUUGGUAAACCCUUUUUUAGGGUUGUACAUGGUUAG